AUGUCGUCCGACGACGCUGCAGAGAUCGAGGCCGUCGUCACCGAGGGUGCUGCCCAGGGCAGUGCCCUCAAGUCGUUCAUCUCGGGCGGCUUUGGUGGUACCUGCGCCGUCCUCGUCGGCCACCCCUUUGACCUCACCAAGACUCGUCUCCAGACCGCCGCCCCGGGAACCUACACUGGCGCCAUCGACGUCGUCAAGAAGACCCUCGCUCGUGACGGUGUUCGUGGCAUGUACCGCGGUAUUUCCCCGCCUCUCAUCGGUGUGACGCCCAUUUUCGCCAUCUCGUUCUGGGGUUACGACAUGGGCAAGAAGAUUGUCUUCGCCGCUACCCCCGGCCGCACCUCGUCCAAGCUCACUCCCGCCGAGCUUGCCUUUGCCGGUUUCUUCUCUGCCAUCCCCGCCACUUUCGUCGCUGCUCCUGCCGAGCGUGUCAAGGUUCUCCUCCAGGUGCAGGGCCAGGGUGGAAAGCCCGCUUACACUGGCCCCGUCGACGUCCUUCGCAAGCUCUACGCUGAGGGUGGUGUCAAGUCCAUUUUCCGCGGCACUGGCGCCACUCUUGCCCGUGACGGUCCCGGUUCGGCUGUCUACUUUGUCACCUACGAGCUCCUGAAGACCCGUCUCUCUGGCCCCGUCGUCGUUGACCCCGCUACCGGCGAGGAGAAGCCUCCCGCGCUCUCGCUCGGUGCCGUCUCGUUUGCCGGUGGUAUGGCUGGUGUUGCCAUGUGGUCGCUUGCCAUCCCUCCCGACACCAUCAAGUCGCGUCUCCAGUCGGCCCCCUCGGGCACGUACAAGGGCUUCUUCGACUGCGCCAAGCGCCUCAUUGCCCAGGACGGUGUUGGCGCUCUCUGGAAGGGCUUUGGCCCGGCCAUGGGCCGUGCUUUCCCCGCCAACGCCGCCACCUUUGUCGGUGUCGAGCUCUCGCUCAAGGCCAUGGAGAAGCUCUGGUAA